AUGUUCCGCUACUCCCGUUUUGCGCUCCAAAAGGCAUUCGAGAGCCACACAACCUCGGUUGAGGACAAGAGUUUCAAGGGGAAGGCAAAAGGGGAACUGAAGAAGUUGCUGAAGAUUCAGCUCAUCUUGGUCCCCAUCGUUGUUGUUUGGGUCAUGAUCAUGUUCCCCCACCCGUCUGCCGAAGAGGAGAAGCGGCUGCGCGCCGAAUACGAGAAGAAUGCUGGGUGGAAAACGUAA